AUGGUGCUUGGCUGCGUGCCUGUGGCCGGGGACGGCAAUUGCCUUUUCCACGCGUUGGGCUAUUUGGACGUGCGGGACGGAGCGGCAUUGCGCAAUGAGGUCGCAGCCUUCAUGGUUGAAAAGGCCAGCAGCCAAGAAGGUUUCGAAGAUGCUUGGCUCGAGGAGGCCGAGGAACUUCAGCAAGGAACUUGGGGAGGCCACACCGCCAUUACGGCAUAUUCCCUCAUGAAGCACGUCCGGGUGGAUAUCCACACACUCCACCCCAAUGGCACGACUGUGGUGACCGAUGCCAGCCACGGCAAUGUCGGGGUUGACGUGCAUGCGCCGCUGCGCCGGGUCCUUUACAGAAACGGCAACCACUAUGAUGCAUUAGUGGAGUUGCUCCCAAAUCCAAAGGGGUGGGCACCAGCGUGGAAGCAACCAUGUCCGCCAGUGUACUUCAAGGAGGAAGAGAAGAAGCCAGAAGAGUUUCCUCCCUUGGACGGCAGUGCUGCACCGGGCCGCGGCAGAGGCCCGCGCUUCACCAAGCCCAGGCCGGGCGGCAAGCAGGGCAAGAAGGGCAGAGAAAAACAACCCACAGCCAAACCGUUGGCAGGCAAGGCUUCCGCACCUGAGGCGCCAUACCCAAUCCUCAGGCGUUGCACCACCAAGACGACGCCGCCGCCAGAGCUGCGAGACGACAUCCUCACAGAGCUGUGCCGUAUUCCGGUGAAACCAAGGAUGCGGCACCCGCACCAGCAGCAGGAGAACUUCAUCAAGGAUCUGGCCACAAAGAAGCUGCGCGAGCACCCUACCCUACCGUCAGACGACAAGCUGGAGGCCGUGGACCAUGGUGAGCUUUGGCCUCGCGCUUUCUGCGCUUUUGUCGGUUGCCCUUGGGUUGCCAUGCAUGGGAACGAAGGCGAGCUCCAUGCCCAUCUGCAAGCGGCACAUGCCGAUGACCUCGCCCCGAUAGCUGCGCGGAUGCUGCGAGGCAAUGCCCCGGACGCCUUCUUGAGCAUCUACAACGAAGCCAUCGCAGUGAAAUGCCGCAGCCAAGCCCCCAUUGCGGGACCUUCAAUUGACCGCAGGGCCGUGAAGUCCUUCGGCGAAGCAUGCGAAGGUCACAAAGUGGAAGCCCUGGUCUGCUUCGUCUGUGCUUGUACUUACACGUAUGUGGAAGAGCUUGCCGAUGAAGGAAAGGGCGACGUUGAGUGGGUGCAUCCUUUCAAGCAUAGCCCCGAUGAAGAGAAGCUUCUUUUCCUGGACCGGCCCAUUGACGAAACAGGGGAUCUCCUCAACUUGAAGACUUUCUUGGAUCGCUAUGACAAGGUUUCGGAAGGAGGCAACUGCCUCCAAGAUCACGAAAGCUUCAGCGACUGGUCCUUGAGGUGGCCCAGCAAUGCUUUGCCAGCCGGGCGCAGGAUCCUUUGCUGCCCGGAGGACCGCCGCUGCAGCCUGGGGCACGAAGCAGACGAUCUGGACCUUUGUGAAGGGCGCGAGCUUCCCAUCUGCAGCAAAUGUAAAGGUUCUUUGUCCAGAGGCGAGCUUCCUGCACUGGCGUUGGCAAACGACAUGUGGACGGGCUGCGCACCGCAGUACUUCAUCGAGCAGAAGGUCACGGUCAUGGAAGCGAUCUGCGCCAGCCCUUGCAUCACAACUUUGGCUUGCAUGACCAUGGAAGCCCGGUACGAGGACAACGUGCGGCAGGAAGCCCAGGAAGCCGAGCCGCUCAACGCCAUGGCGCACAUGGCGCGACAUCGCUUUGGUGCCCGCGGCAAUGCCCUCACCUUUUCACUCCCGCUGGAAGAUUUGUUCCUGGCGUUGCAGGGCCUUUCGAAGGAUGCGGAGGAAGGACAACCCCUACAGCUGCCACGGGCUGGUACAGAAUUGGCGCACGUGGCAAGAGUAUUGCUAAAGACAAACAAGGAAGGCGCAACCAGCGAGAAAGACAUCAAGACUUUGAUUCAUCAGGCCGUUGUGCGACGAGAGGUGGUGGUGGACCUCAUCCUAAGCAUGCAUCAUUGCGGGCACCCGGCGUAUGCCUCCAUAGAUGAGGAGACAAUGCGGCACAGGGCCGCGGACCUACCUGAGAAGGGCAUCCCACCCGAGGUCUGGAAGGUGGUGCAGGAAGCGGUGGACGCGGCCGGCAAGACCUUUUCUGCGCAGAGAGCUCGGGCCAUUGUGGCGGAAGGCGAGAGCCGGGAGGAGGCCAAUGCAAGAGAGCUAGCCGCGCUGAAGGAGAUGGAGGACAACCUCUUGACGGAUGCCCAGAAGGAAGCCAAUGCCGCGCUCUUGUCCCUCGAGGUCCGAACAGGCAACAAAUUCCUGGAUCAGUUUCGGCCGGAAUACUUCGCCAUUGUGUUUCCCUUCUGCUUCAAGUAUGGCACCGCUUGCCCUGAUAUUGUCAACACCACGAAGAUGCAGGGAGGUGAAGAAGGAGCAGCACCAGCGGCACGUGGGCAUCUGUCUCGCCGCCAUGCCGGCAACCCGGAAGCACCGCCCGUUGGCAUCAGGGAAUGGGCCGCGGCCAUGGCAAGAAGAGUCGAAACGCAAUUUCGCAGGGACUGGACCUUUGGCUUCACCCUCUGGAACUAUUUGUUUCGCACCAUGGUGAAUCUCCAGAAGAAUGCUUACAUGUACGCCGUGCCCGAUCCAAAAGCCCAAGGCGGCAAGCGCUUGCUUGGCAAUGACGAGAUCGGCGAAGGCUUCCUCGAGGUCAUGGAGCGUCUGCGCAAUGGCUUGUACACGGACGUGGCCGGUGCGCUGAAGCCCGUGCAUGGCGACCUGACGAAGCUGCGGCACGCGCCCGGCUUGACCGUGGCCGCGCAGAAGGCCUUGUGCAACACAGAAGCACGGACGCGCCGCCUGCCAGGCACCCAUGAAAUUCGCAAAACCAUGCGGCACCAGACCAAUGCCAACCGAGUUGUCUACGGGACGGCAAUCUUCAUCACUUUCUCCCCACGCGAGCAAGACAGCAGCAUCAUGAUGCGCCUCGUCCGUGCCCGCCAAUCUGACCCAGCAGUCGUUGAAGACGGUAGUGCCAAGUUUCAAAAAAGGCAAACGCCAGCCCUGGACAUUGACUACGUGAACCUGUCGCCCGAGGCCUUGGCAGAGGAGCCCGUUUUGAUUUGCCAGGGGGAGCUGCUGCCCUAUGACGAGAGGAAGGCGCUGCUUGCCUGGGAUCCUUUGGCCUGCGCGGAGGGUUUUCAAACCUUGGUGCUGCUGGCGCUCCGGCACCUCUUUGGCAUCCGCUACUGCCGCAACUGCCCCAACUGCGCUCAGUCUGACAAACCCUGCACGGAUGCCUUUGGCAGCAAUGCCGUGGCAAUGGGCGGCGUCUUUGGCCGCGUGGACGCUAUCUACGGCUCCCUCGAAUGUCAGAAAAGCGGCGCCGAGCACAUCCAUCUGCAAGCCUUCGUGCAAUGCUUCCACCAAUUUUUCUCGCUGUCAGAGCUGCAGGGCUGA